AAUAAAUUCUGCAUUCUUGUUCCUCUUUCCUCUGGUCUCCCUCAAAGAAAAAGAUAGUACUUCCCCACCUUAUUGCAGGAAAUCUUCUAAUCUAGGUAUUCUUACUAUUGCCUUAUCGCUAGCAUUUUCCAAAACAACUAUUUUCUUUUAAUAAUUUAAUUUAAAUGACUGCAGAAAAGUGCCUAAAAGGAACCUCAUACAGUUCAGCAAAAGAAAAUGCCGAAUGCUGCACCUGGGGAGGAAUAACCCCGUGCACCAACAUGUGGGGCAGCUGGGCAGGCAGCGGCCUGGCAGAGAAGGCCCAGGGGCGGCUGGGGGACACCAGGUGGGACAUGGGCCAGCUGUGUGUCCCUGCCCUCAGCCUCACCAGGCCUCACCUGGAGUGCUGUGCCCGCUCUGGGCUCUCCAGUCCAAGAGAGAUGAGGAGCUACUAGAGAGAGCCCAGGGAAGGGCCACAAACACGGUGAAGGAACUGGAAUCUCUCUCCUGUGAGGAAAAGCUGCGAGAGCUGAGACAGUUCAGCCUGGAGAAGAACAUGGCACCCGGAGCCAAAGAGGCUCUGCAGGAGAGCAGCACUGCCAUGACGGCCGGCACGAGCCAGAGGCAGUGGGAGGCAGUGGCAGAAGGCCUGUGCCCCAUUUGCCUGGACAACAUGGACGACACAGCCCACGUCAUCCCCUGCCUGCACACCUUCUGCUUCGGCUGCAUCCAGCAGUGGGCUGCCGUGCGCGCCGUGUGCCCGCUCUGCCGGCAGCACUUCAGCCGCAUCCUGCACACAGUGAGAGCGGAUGACGACUACCAGGAGUACGUGGUUGCCUCGUCCUCCCGCCAGCAGAGUCCCGCAGCCGGACAGAGGGUGCGCAGCAGAUCCCCACAGUGGCGCUACCACCUGCGCCCACGGCCCAACAACAAUCCCACUGCUGGGAGAAGGGGGCCGGCAGAGAGGGACCAUGGGAGGGCUCCAAGGAACUCCGACACCUCUGCCCCAUAGAC